CUCAGAAGAAACAAGUGUAAAGUGAACAGGUUGAGUGAUACGUAGCGGAUCAGGCGACUGGGGAGAGUUGUGUUUUUUUAGAGCUUCAGAACGACAGAAAAAAGGCCAGAAAACGACUGAAACGGGAACAGCGUAGGCCUGAAUGGAAGAUAACUUUCUGGGGAAAGUUUACUGCGCAUGGUCAGACGGUUAUUGAGCGUUUAAAAGACUUUUAGUGCUUUCUGACUCGCUCACGUGCUGUAUUUUUGAAGCCUAGUUGGUUCCUUGAACUUGCUGUGGUUUAUUUAUUUUAAUAUGGCGCUGAAACGCCUGUUUUUGCUGCACCUGCCGCCGCCGCUGCUGCUGCUGCUGCUGGUGUCAGAGUCCGUGUUGGGAGAAGCCCCCAGCGCUGAGGAGCGCACUGACAGCACGACCACCGACAUGCUGGAGCAACACAUGUUCAAACUGUACGAGAAAUACAGCAGAGAAGCGCAGGAACCUAAAGAAGGAAACACUGUGAGGAGUUUUAAAGCAAAGACUGAAAACACGGCGCAGAGAGUUUUGUACCGUCUGAAUCUAACCUCCCUCCAAGAGUCUGAGGUGAUUCUCACAACCACACUGCAUUUCUUCUUCGAUAAACGCCCACGCCAGAGGUCCUGGUUCUGCAAGCGCCUCAAGAACCCCUCCUGCCGCAUCCAGAACCUUCACCAGCUGCCUUCCUUUCGCAUCCUUUUCCGAUGUCCUUUGUCUGGCUCUUCUCCGGACUUGCUGCUUGGAAACAUCACCUUGUAUCCUCACAGACGGGGGAUUUGGCAGACCAAAGAUGUCUCACACAUUAUAAAGGAGGCGAGAAACAGGAAUCGGCUUGUUGUAACACUGGAGUUUGAUUAUGGAGAAAAGUACCAGAAGUAUCAGGACCAGUUGCCAGCAUCCAGCCUACCAUACAUGCUGGUGUAUGCCAAUGACCUGGCCAUAUCUGAACCUAACAGUGUGGCUAUGAGCUUACAGAGGUAUGACCCCUUCGUCGCAGAUGAGCAGACCACUCGCUCUCCAAAUUCUUCGCCUGACGUGCGAGUCAAGCGGGACUUGUAUUUUCCUGACCCCAUCCAGAACAAUGAACUCCCUGAGGUGGAGUACGACAGCUUCAAGCAGCACGAUAUGUGGGAAAGCACUUAUCAACCACUAAAGCCAAAGCCCUCUAAGAAAGAGAGGAGAAAGAAAGUUCAAGAGCACCCUGACAGACUGAACAAGUCUCAGGUUCUCAGCUUUGAUGAGAAAACCAUGAAGAAAGCAAGGAAGAGACAAUGGAAAGAGCCUCGCAGCUGCACCAGGAGGUACCUGAAGGUGGACUUUGCAGACAUCGGCUGGAGCGAAUGGAUCUUGUCUCCGAAGUCCUUCGAUGCAUACUACUGCGCAGGAACCUGUGAAUUCCCCUUACCUAAGAUUGUUCGCCCUUCCAACCAUGCAACCAUCCAGAGCAUAGUGAAGACGGUCGGUAUCAUUCCAGGCAUCCCAGAGCCCUGCUGUGUACCUGAGAAAAUGAACCCCCUCAGCGUCCUCUUCCUGGAUGAGUCCAGAAACAUCGUACUAAAGGUUUACCCUAACAUGUCUGUGGAGACGUGUUCUUGUCGAUAGUCCUGAAGAUCAAAGCAGUGAUGGCAGAAAUAAGUGUUGUGGUUACAACACUAAAAGAACUAAACGUGAACAAGAGGCAUAUUGUCUUUUAUGUUGUUUAAAGGACGUGCUCCCUCCAUGUACACUCUUUAUUACAGCUUAUAGUUUUCUGUUAGUUGCAGUAAACAGUGUACAGAAAAUUCUGUGUACUUUUUUUUAUCUGUGAUGUGCGUUUUAUUUUGGUGAACUUGUCUUGUCUAUGAGAAGACCACGUGUGUAUAUUUGUUUGAAGACGUGGUUUAGAUGUUAUUGCAUUGCUGCUUUCUAUGUACAUAAAACCUAAAAAUGAGCCAUUAUUUAAAGAUGGUCCUUACGGUCUAUAUUCUAACAUUAAGUAGUACAAAAGCUUGGUUUGUAAAGUGCCAUGUAGAAAUUUCAUGGUGGAAAGUGAGUUCAUGUAAAUGUUGGAAUGGAAUGAAAAUCAAUGUCCAUAGUGUAGCACUUCCCAUGCAACAAGAAGCCCAUGUUUAAGUAAACAAAGUACUUGGUUUGAGUUACUUUAAAUAGUAUAAAAUAUUUAACACUCCUUCGGAACUGUGCUUUCAUGUCAAGCAUGCAUCCGAAAGCAUUGGUAGAAACCUAAUUCCAAACAGUUCAGUCUCAAAACUAAUAAAGAGACUUUGAAUCCAGGCUUUGGUUUCCUGACUGUUAAGCAUUGAACUAACAGUAAUCCACUCAUACUCAGAAGUUAUAUUUGGAAUAUUUCCAAAGUGGAUGUGUAUCAAAAGUAGACAACUCACCAAGGUCACUGAUGCGUUAAAUCCUCUAAGAGUUUGUGUUACUUUUAGAGACGUAAUACAAGAAUCCUAAGACUCCACAGUGGAUUAUGAGGAGAAUGUUACUGCUAUUUUAUCUCCCUAUUCCUUUUUACAUAAUAGUAUUUAAUAAAAAGUGACUUAAGUAUGAAAUAUUUUGAAUGAAUGUGUUUGAAUGUGUCUGUAUGUGUGUGUGUAUAUAAAACAUAUGAUGACUGUGCUUUCAUAUGAUGUAUUUUAGAGGAUGUAUUUUUGUACAUUGUGUGUUUUAAAUUAUGAAAUGAAAUGAAUUAGCCAUAUGUAUAGUAAAAUGUAGAAUAAAAGUACAA